ACUUUACUUUGUGGAAUGGAAGACGGUGUAAAAGGCGGGGAAUCAGUGAGUGGCCGUCGUUGUUGUUGUUGUUGUUGUUGUUGAAAUGGUCUCAUCAUUUUUCAAGUUAGAUAUGUGCUAAUCCUUGACGAAAAACAAAAUGUCAAAUAAAGAAGUUUAAUAAAAAAGAAAAGAACAAUGAAUCAAUCUUGCGUAGGGGCAACAUGAGAAAAGACGAAAACGGACUCAUUUUUAAUUAAGCUUAUUUUUUGAUUGCGAACAAUCAAAUAACCUUUUUAAGCUACAAAGAUUUUGUAGUUGUUACGUGCUGUGGAACCAAUAGUAUCCUCUAUUUUCUUAUGCAGCCAAAAAGCUGGCAAUGAAACUUUUUGUUGUUGCAUCAACAGUCCCAUUUGUAGAGAGUGCUAUUCUUCUUCCAAACACUCAUUCAUUUGCAACGUUGAAUCCCCAUUUAGCUCCAUGGACGGUUCGAAAUUUCGAAAAAGAAAAACCAAGACCAACGCAGAAGAUGAAGUUGAGUUUUUAGAUGAAGAAGAACAAGAAAGACUUCUUCAGGAACUUCGGGAGCAGAACAUGAAAGCCAACAUUCUUAUUCAAAGAGGUUUAGUGGUUAUUGGAUGCAUCAUUUCACUUUUAUUUCUCAACGUGAUAUUUGACAAUCAAGAACUCAUUGUUAUACCCAUUUCCUAUAUACACACAAUCAAAUAUUCUUCCAUCCGAUCACCAAAGAUAGCUGCCGUCCUCAGCAUUAUUUCUAUCUUGUCCUCUGUUCUUAGUUUGAUAAGUGCUUCGAAAAUCAAAAUACUCGAUAGAAAACUCCAGACACACCAGACGAAAACACAAAUUCCCAUUCAUUUGACAGUUUCAGCGGCUUUGAUGACAGGCUGCCUAUCGCCCCUCAUGACACUUCUUCAACAUAAGGAUAGCUCCAUCGCGGAGUUUAUCUUUUGGCUCAUACCUCUCAUCUUAUCUUUUAUGUAUUAUUCAGCAUUUACUAUGAUGAGUUCAGUAAAUACAGGAAUUGAUGCUUUGGAACUUUCUAAAUAUAAAUACAAGUCUGUUUAGCGUGAAGAUAUAUAUUUUGAAAUGAAAUAAAGAGUUUAUAAUGGAAUAAAAGAAAAACCAAGCC